CCUUUUUUUCUCUUUUUUUCACUUUUCAUACGACUAUCGUACCAUAUACGAGUAUAUAUAAAUACUGUGAUAUAGAAUACUUUUGUUUGUGUGGGACACACUACAGAGAAGGACCAACAGGAAAGGGUGCUUGGUUCCAAGGACUACUCCUCCUACUGUCUUAUAAAUUUUACCAGCUCUCACACGCAAAGAGAUGUUUUCUUUGUCCUUGAGUCAAGGGAAGAAGAGCUGUGAUUUCACUUGGACAAGAUAUCUUUGCUGAUAAUCGAUCUCUACUACUGUAAUUCUCUCUGUAAUCUUCUUUCUUUCUUCCUGAAGUGGAAAUUAAGCCAUAGUUAUGGAACUGGAAAAGAAGAUGGAGCCCUCUUCAGAUGUAAGAGAAAUGGCCAACAACCAACAUAUUCCUCCCAAAAGAUCCAAGGGUGGCCUCAUCACCAUGCCAUUCAUCAUAGUAAAUGAAGCUUUGGAGAGGGUGGCAAGCUAUGGCAUUUUGCCUAACAUGAUAUUGUACUUGAUGAAAGAUUAUCACUUGGGAGUAGCCAAAGGUACCAACAUUAUCUUCUUCUGGUCAGCAGCUACUAAUUUCCUGCCUCUUCUUGGGGCAUUCCUCUCCGAUUCUUAUCUGGGUCGUUUCCUCACCAUUGGCUUUGGCUCAAUGGCCAGUUUUCUGGGAUUGGUGCUUCUCUGGUUAACAGCCAUGAUUCCGAAGCUGAAGCCUUCACGUUGUGAUAUAUUCACACAAAGCUGUAAAGCCCCGACUAGUGGCCAAACGACUUUUCUGGCGUUGUCGUUUAGCCUAAUAUCAAUUGGAGCUGGUGGAAUUAGGCCUUGUUCUCUGGCGUUUGGUGCGGAUCAAGUGGACAAAAGAGACAAUCCCAAGAACAAGAGAGUGUUAGAGAGCUUCUUUAGUUGGUACUACGCUUCAACUGCGGUUUCUGUCAUAAUUGCCUUAACGGGUAUUGUUUAUAUUCAAGAUAAACUGGGAUGGAGACUGGGUUUUGGAGUUCCUGCAAUUCUUAUGUUCUUGGCCACUGUCUUGUUUUUUCUUGCUUCAUCUCUAUAUGUUAAACAAAAAGCUAGUAAGAGCUUGUUCACUGGACUUGCUCAAGUGAUUGUUGUUGCUUACAAGAAUAGAAAGCUUCCACUUCCAAAUGAGAGCUCAGAUGAUGGUUUGUAUCACCAUAACAAGGACUCUGAACUAGUUGCACCAUCGGACAAAUUAAGGUGUUUGAAUAAAGCUUGUAUAAUUAAAAAUCGUGAACAAGACAUUGGGCCAGACGGGUCAGCUUCAAAUCCUUGGAAUCUUUGCACUGUUGAGAAAGUAGAAGAGCUCAAAGCUCUUAUCAAAGUCAUACCAAUAUGGUCUACAGGGAUAAUGAUGUCCAUUAACACUAGCCAAAACACCUUUCAAGUCCUCCAAGCUAACUCCAUGGACAGAUACCUCUCAAGCUUCCAAGUUCCAGCUGGUUCUUACCCUAUGUUUGUCGUUAUCUCUUUGGCACUCUGGGUUGUCAUCUACGACCGAGUAAUCAUUCCAUUAGCCUCGAAAAUUCGAGGCAAGCCGGUGAGGCUGGACGUGAAAACAAGAAUGGGAAUUGGUCUAAUUCUGACGUUCAUGGCCAUGGUGGUGGCUGCGGUGGUGGAGAACGUUAGGCGGCGAAGAUCAAUCCAGGAAGGCUUUCUCAACAAUCCACAGGGUGUUGUGGAGAUGUCUGCUAUGUGGCUAAUCCCACAGCACUGUUUGAAUGGCUUAGCAGAAGCUUUCACUGGGAUUGGCCAAACAGAGUUUUACUAUUCUGAGAUUCCAAAGAGCAUGUCAAGCAUUGCUGCGUCUCUAUUUGGAUUAGGAAUGGCCGUGGCUAGUCUUUUGGCUAGUGUUGUUUUAAGUGCUGUGGAUAACUUAACAUCAAGAAAUGGAAAAGAGAGUUGGGUUUCGAGUAACAUCAACAGGGGUCACUAUGACUAUUACUAUUGGGUUCUUGCUAUUAUGAGCUUUGUGAAUGUGCUUUAUUACAUCUUUUGUAGUUGGGCUUAUGGACCUUGUGUUGAACAGAGGCAAAAGGUUAGGGAUGAACCAAACGGCAUUAGUAGUGAGGAAGGAAAAGAGUUAUCUGUCUAAAAGCUAAGACCCCAUGAAAUUGAAUGCUUGAUUUAUCAUAGGUUUGUUGCAGUAUUAACAGUGAUUUGUAUGCUGCUUGUUUUUUUUUUUUUUUUUUUGUGGUUGUGUGAUAGUGAUGGAAUUAUAGUCUAUAAUCUUAUAUCUUGUAAUUGUAAUUGUUGAGAUUUUGUUUGAUGUCAAUAUAUAUCAAUAUAAUAUUUAUAUAUGUUUUUAUACAA